AAGGACCAAACCAGAGACGUGCUAGAAGAAGGAAAUCAAGACGUCAACCAGAACCCAAAAGAACCGUCUUUAAAGGAAGGGGAAAUCAUUAAACAGGACAGUGUGAGAACUUUACCUCCAUCUGAAACUCUCAAGUCAUCUAUAAAUGACAAAGCAGAUGACCAGACUCAUGGGAAAGACACUUUACAAAACACACAAGCUGAAGGUUACGCCUAUACUGACCAAGAGGACCAACCAAAGAACAUUCCUGGACCACGUGGAACUUUAGAAACCCACCAAACAGACGAGCAUCUACCUCUAAAGCAAGAAAUGGAGCAAACAAGUCAUAUUAUUGGACAGAAUGAAGUUUCAGAAUCUGAACCACGAUUCCAAAUCAGUUCAGGUGGAAAUCAGGAUCUUUUAUGCUCCGUCUGUAAAGCAGACCACAGCACUGUAAAGCAAAAAUCAUGUGGGUAUAAGUUCUGCUCCCAGUGUGAGAAGGAAUCUCACACCAGCUGCAAAAUCUGCUCACAGGCUUCUAAUCAGGAUACUGUGGGUAUAAAAGGUAGCGUGUUUAUCCGAGAAUCAACGGUCACGAUCCCUGGAUUUAUCAGAGACACGACACUAAGGCUCAUCUAUGAUAUACCCGACGGGAUUCAGGGAGAUGACCAUCCUUGCCCCGGUGCACCUUUUAAAGGAGGCAAGUUCCAGGCCUUUUUACCAUAUAAUGAAGACACCAAAAGACUCCUGCCUCUCCUGGAAAAAGCUUUUUUCAAGGGUCACACCUUUACUGUCCAAGUAAAACGUUCUCGUUGCAAAGGGAAGAACGAGAGCCGAGAAGGAAAGGUGGUUUGGGGCAGCAUUCCUCAUAAAACCAGUACAGACGGUGGCAUGUCAAAGAACGGAUAUCCAGACUCCAGCUUUAUUAAACGCUUGACCAAGGCGCUGAAGGCAGCAGGAAUUGAAGAAUAAAAACCCCAUCACGUCCUCAUCCUGUUAAAACCUGCUUAUCUGGGGAAGUACCAGCUGCUGAAGUCCUGCAGCACCCUUUACUUUCAGGACUGUGUAACUCCAAGUGCAACUUUGACUUAAUAAUAAUUAUUUUAUAAUCAUUUGUGGUGAAUAAAGUCUCGAAUUAA